AGACGUUCUGAGUAGUGUGCAGCAGUGACAGUGAGCAGCGGAAAGUGCGGAAAAGCUGAGGUUUAAUGUCAGAUCGGUGUUCAUUGUUGGGUCCCCCGAGACAUGCUCAUUAAGUGAGUCCUUUGAAGAAACCACGAACAGCACCGCAACGAAGUGAGUGAGAGAAAUUGCAUGGAGAAAGAAGGAGAGUGACUGGCAGAACAGAGAGUGGGAAUACGCCACAAGGAUUCAUGUGAUUCACCGAGGAAAAGUUAAGUGCACCCUUUAUUGAUUCACUUCUCUGAGAAAACCACAUGUGAAGAUUCACCAGCACCAGUGUACGACUAACCUGUGUUUGUGGGCAGUGUGUGUCAUCUUGUUGACAGUGAGGAACAGUAACUGUGAACGGCUGGGAAGAUCGCUGAAUCCAUGUCCAUGUUCUGAACACCAUUAAUCCUUGAGACAUCCACCCUAUGAAGAGAAGAGAAACAAGUUGCUAAAUCGCUGUGAAGAGAGAGUGAGUUUGCAGUGUCUGAAAGAGUGAUUUAAACACGUGUGAAGCUUUACAAGAGUGAUUUAUGCACAAGUGUGGUGAGAUGAACUUUUAAUUUGACCUGCUCAAAGAAAACACGCUUCUUGAAUGUAUCAAACAAAACUAAGUCUGGGCACGGAAGACAACAGGAGCAUUUAGAACAAAUACACAAAAGUAAAUACUAAAUACUUGGCACUGACAGGGUUAACAGCUCAGGGUGAAAACAGCUGACGUGAUUUCUCAAUUUAGUUGUAUUACCCCCUGCAUAUUUUAUUUGUGCGGAGACGUGAAGUCGGACUCUUUCUGCUCCCGGUAGUGAUGCCCUCGCCGUGUUUGGAUACUCUUAUCACAGAUGAAGUGAAUAACAUGCAAUAUUUGUCAAAUGCACGGACGUUUCAGAAAUGUUUUCAUGAGCAACAGAAACACUUUUUAUAUACUGCUUAAUACAGGGCCAUCUGUUCAAGAAUAAAGUUCAACAUAAACAUGUACUAUUUAAAUACCAAUAAGCCUUUAUCAGUGUUUUUUUAUUAUUAAAUGUGACUCAUUAUAACAUUGUGACUUUUACUGUUCUAAAAACAGAUUUGUGGCAAAACAGAUUUUUUUUUUUAUUAUUAUGCAAAAAUUAUACAAAGGUUUGAACAAGCAUAUACAACUCACAACAAGUACAAAAACAAAUAAACAUUCAUAAGAAUUUGUAAAGUGAAUUCAUACCAGGGGUAAAAUUACAACAAUUUAAAGUAACAAAAAGCUUCAUAGGUCUUUCUUGCUUUUUUGUUCUUAAUUUUAUCUAAUGUAGUAGUACCAUUUGUUUAAUCUCUUUUUAUAAAAUGUUCAAAGUUUGGCUUAACUUCCAUUUUUUCACACGAUUGUGAUAUUUUCCUAGUAAAAUAAUAUUUGUGAGCUGUAUUGGAAUUGAAGAUGUUAAAAACACACGUCAUUGUUGUCGUGGUGAAUUUGGAAAAGCUCUCGCGGUACUUUGAUGCCACACGUGACAGUGACGUGGCGUCGGCGCCAGUUCAAGUCGGACAAAUUUUGUAACCAGCAUGCACUGCUUCAAGUCAGCCGCCGAUCGGUUUUCAUGGCGCCGCAUGAAGUCGAACACACCUAAUGUAUUUGCUCCCGCGACAAAGCACGUAUGCGACAAAUGACGUCAGAAAAGCGUCAGUACGUUAUAAUCGGUUAUGGUUAUAUUACGGUUAUUGUCUUCCCUGCAGCUCUAGCUCCCCUCGCUGGAGGUAAUGGGUGGAGGUAGACAGCCCAACCACACCCUAACCCUACCCUUACCCUUUAGCUAAACAUUACUCCACCCAUUAGUUUCACAGAGGUGGAGCUGGAGUAGGUCAAACUCCACCCAUUACCUCCAGCGAGGGGGAGCUAGAGCUCCAGCUCAUCCCAUUUGGCUCUGCAGGGAGCAGUACUUGCCUUUAGCAUCUGCCUGCAAAACCGGAGGCUGCAUUUUCAGGAACACAGUCCUAGGACCGCAUUUCUAGGACCCUAGGUUUUUAGUGACAACGCCACCUACCGAAUUAGAGGACCAGCGAAGAUGGAUGACAGUCAGAGUGUGAGUAUCAAAUGUGAAUCAAUUUUUAUUUGUUUAACAUUAAAAACAAUUGUGAUGCAUUUCAUUGGAAAGUUAACGUAGCCGAAGUGAUCGUGAUUUGCUAAAUAGUCUUGAAUCCAUAGUCAUCAUAUAUUAGCCUCUAAUGCUGUAAAAUGAAUUGCUAGCAUGAUAAGCCUGUGUUGAAUUAUUGACAGCACAAUAAACUGUAGCACAUUCGUUGUGAAAGCUUGCUAAUUACUCAUUGUUUUUCAAUUUUAAUUAAGUUAAAAUAAUCUUAAUGUUUUAACUGUCACGUGCUCACAGUCAGCCUGUUUAACCUUACCCCACAAUACAUGUUAUGAGUGUGUCUCUUCAUUUUGACAUGGUUUUAUAAUGUUGGUUGAGACAUAUGACAUUUUAAUAGUCAGACAUAACAGAGAGGCCAUCAUAAUAAUUGACUGUUAAAAUACCAUGUGUUAGUUUGUGUCAUUUACUGUGUACUGUACUCUAUAUAAAGUGCUUUCAAGGACACAGCUCAGGGCAGGCAAUAGUAUGACAAAAGAUAAAUAAAUAAAUUGGUCAAGUAUUGGAAUUGUUUUUACACAAUGCCCAAUGUAUCAUUUUUUUAAGCGUUAACAGUAUUUCUGUUAACCUAGCAGUGAUUAUGUUCUCCAUUUACUAUUUCAGUGAAGUGGAAGAAUUGAAUAGGGUGAUAGAGAAACAAUUGAGAAAAGAGGGGAGAGCAUCCAGGUGGUACACAAUUCACCUGUAUGACCUGAUCUGUGAAGGUUCAUGGGAAGAUAAAGAGACCUGUAUUUAUUACACAGACUUUGUCAUGGAGAUGGGCAUUCUUUUCCUAAAUAUGAUGCAUCAUAUCCACAUGCUGCUCUAUGGAAAUAAUUGGUUCUCUGUGGCUGAUUUUAUUAUACUGAGACAGUUACAUUUCUUGUCUCAGGAAAUGCAACGCAGGUUACAUCAUCACAAAAACUACCUGCAUAUUUAUGAUGUUUUGGACAAGAGGUUUUCUAUGGCUACAAUGGAAGAGCUGGCAUCUCAUGAUGACAGAUGUGCUGUCUGCUGGGAAAAGAUGUACACAGCAUACAAACUACCCUGUGGGCACCUUUUCCACAAGUCAUGCUUGCUUUCCUGGCUAGAGCAGGAUAUGUCAUGUCCCACAUGUAGGAUGUCUGUAAAUAUAAGUGGCGGUCAUACCAGAAAUGAGCAGGAGGGGGCAUCACUGUCACUCAGUUCGGGCCCAGCUGCUGUGCCAAAUACAAACAGACCUCCAAUCAAUCACCACAGUCACCUCUUCCAUUUUCAUGGUUCCCAGAUUGCUAACUGGCUACCUGGCUUUACAGUUGAAUUUGUGCACUCUUCUAAUAUGAUUAUUCUACUGCAGGCAGACGACUCACAGGUACACCAGGAGGAAGAGAUGUUUCAUCAGCGUCAUAGGAUGUUAAUAUAUAAAAAAGCAGGCAUCAGAGGUGCAUGGAUGCGGUGGUUCGUAUGCACCCUUCUCUCACUUCUCCAUGGAGCAAUAUCCGAAACCAGUAGAGCACUGGAUAUAAUGACAAAAUAUCCACUGAUUGAUGGACACAAUGACCUGGCAUUACGUCUGAGAAUGCACCAUAAUAACAAACUAAGCACUUUCAGUAUGCACAACAAUCUUAAACUGGCUACAGAUAUUCGUCGCCUCACUGCUGGCCAUGUUGGAGGACAGGUUUUUUCAGCGUACGUGUUGUGCACAGCUCAGGACAAAGAUGCUGUUAGACUGACCUUGGAACAGAUUGAUGUAAUUCAUCGUAUGUGUACUGAAAACCCAGAGAUGGAACUGGUCACCACAGCUGAAGGAAUGAGGAAUAGUACAAAAAUCGCAUGUCUAAUCAGUGUAGAGGGAGGCCACUCCAUCGACAGCAGUUUAGCAGCACUACGCAUGUUUUACCAGCUUGGAGUAAGAUCCAUGGCCCUCACACACAACUGCAACACCCCAUGGGCUGAGAGCUCAUCUAGUUAUUACACAUAUUACCAGCAGAAGAAUAACAGCCUGACAGAUUUUGGCAAGGCAGUGGUGAAUGAGAUGAACAGGUUGGGAAUGCUGGUUGAUCUGUCCCAUAGCUCGUGGGAGACAGCCAGAGCUGUGCUGAAACAUUCUACUGCUCCGGUUAUUUUCAGCCACUCCUCAGCUCAUGCUAUCUGUAACAAUAUUCGUAACGUACCUGAUGACCAGCUGCUGCUGCUGAAAGAAAAUGGCGGGCUUAUCAUGGUGAACUUCUACAGCAGUUUUGUAGCGUGUUCAAAUAACGCAAACGUGUCUGUUGUGGCUGAUCAUUUUGAUCAUCUAAAGCGGGUGAUUGGAGCUGAAAGCAUUGGGAUUGGAGCAGACUUUGAUGGGGCACAAGGAUUCCCUAAAGGCCUGGAGGAUGUCUCCAAAUAUCCAGCACUGAUUGAGGAGCUGAUAUCAAGGAAUUGGACUGAGGAAGAGCUGUCGGGAGUGCUAAGACUGAACUUCCUCAGAGUGUUCCGAAAGGUUGAGCAGGUACGUGAUGAUAUGCUGCACAUUUUACCCAGUGAAGCUGAAAUCUCACUUUCAGAAGUAAACAAGAGCUGUCGUGCGAUGCUGGUCCAUCCAGGCAGGCCUGAAAGUAGCCAUCGAAAUGGAAAUGCUCCAUUAAUGCCUGUGAAAGCUUUAAUCUGCUUCAUCUUACUUUUGAUCCAGUUACAGUAAUCUAACAAACAAUGAAUCAACCAGAGACGGUAUACAAAUUAAAUGUUUACCACAGACUGCUUAACCUCAACAAGACCAGGAGUACAUCUGGAGUACAUUCGCUGACUGAAACCAACACAUUUAGGUCUUUGACAGUUUUGGAAACUUAUGUUUGGUAACAGUUUAUAAAGACCAUACUUUAUAAUUGUUUCUUAAUGUGCAUAGAUAGUGUACAGAUCACAUGAGAUAACAAAAUGAGGUAACAAACAGCACUGUUGCAUUAUUUUGUACUUUCUCAGCAUAUCAGUAAGAAGCAUCGGUUUCUUUCGAUCUGUCUGGUGUUUCCCUUUUGCAGAAGUAGAUAUAUAUAUAAAAAAAUUAUAUUUUUAUUGAAUACAAAAAUACUGUAUUAUUCAUUUCAUUGAUUGAAUGUAUGUUGAAAUGAAUGAAUGUAUUAUUAAAUUAUUUCUUUCCAAACGCAUUUCUCAAACACUCCUAUCACCAUGCCCUCUGGCUCACUGUUUGGACUAAUAAAUAGUCCCACCUCGAACUCUGUUGAACUGCUCAAAUGUAAGGAUUAAUCUUUUGGAAGCACCAGAGAGUCACAGUGUAUACUUAUGUUAUCUUUCAAUAAAACUGGAUACAUAUAUUAUAGAAGGAAAAAAUACUUAUCAACUUAAUGUAAUACCACCUGUGUUUUUUUUAAUCCACGAGGUGUGCAGUUAAAGGUCGUCUUCUCUGAAGCAAAAAUAAGAUCAUUUAAUACAUGUAGCAUGUUCUGCAGUUCAUAGUGCACUUUAUUGUAACUUUUUUCAUAUUCUUUGUUUUAAAAUAGAUUUUUCUUAAUACUAUACACAAAAGUCAACUGCCUAUUGCAUUGUGUUUAAUUUUUCUCUUUAACAUGAAACACUGUACAGAUGUAACACUAUACAACCAGUAAUAGAUCAUUGCCUUUAUAUCCAAGAUAUAAAUGUUGUUAGUCAAUAGAGUUUUUCAUAUUUUCUUCUAUUUGUAUAACAAAUGUAUGUAACAAAUGUCUGUACAGUGAUCAUGCCCUAAAAAAGAAUAAAGACUUUGUAUUGGUAUCCAAAAUGUCUCAUUCUCAAUGUGAGUUGUGUACUAAAAUGCAGUAUGUUGAAAAUGAAUGGUUCAUUUAUAAAGAAUCUUUCUCUUAAAAAAAAGUUAUACAAUGCAGUUAUAAAUUACAAAAAUCGAUCCAUCCCAUUUCAGCUCCUUUGGUUAUUUUCUAAUGCAGUGGGGAGUUUUACAAAUAAAUAAUGAAGACAAAAUAAAUACAAAAAAUACAAGCACACAAAUAGCAAUUUGAAUUUAGCACUUGCAUUCUGAAUGGCAGUCUUGUACCAGGAAGAACUAGAUCUGUUACUUGGGCAGUGAAAGUCAAGAUAAUCGCAUGUGCUCGUUUUUUAUAUAGUCGCCCUGUACACAAUAAUGUUUUGUAUGUCAAUUUUUUCUUUUUUAUAUUAAAAGGAUAUGGAAUAUUUCUUUUUUAAAUGAGCUACUGUUAACUGUU